GGCUAGCUUGAUCUGCAUUCUUAUUCUGUGGACCUCUUCUCAUAUAUGUCCAAAGUCAGCCAAAGAUCACUUAAUGCAUGUGCAAAGCUUCAUCUUCCUCAUCAUCUCCUGCUGUCUUCUCUCUCACUCAUAUUCUGGCAUUUUCAUGUCCAGUUCAGCUUCAGCUAAUUGGACACAUUACUUUACUCAUUAUUAUUAUUAUUAUUAUUAUUAUUAUUUCACUUGCUCAGUUUCAUUUCAUUUCAUAUAAUACCAAGAUUGCACUUCAAGAAAGAAUCCUCCUUUUUUCACUCUCUAUAUUCAAGAUUAUGAAUUUUUGACACACCCAGAGACACUCUCUCUCUUUUUUCUUUGUUUCUUUCAAUGGGUACAUCAACCCUACUCGACUAUGCUCUGUUUCAACUCACCCCAACUCGAACCAGAUGCGAUCUUGUUCUAUUCUAUGGAGGAAAGACUGAGAAAUUGGCUUCUGGGCUAUUUGAACCUUUUGUUUCACAUCUUGAAUUUGCUAAAGAUCAGAUUUCUAAAGGUGGCUAUUCCAUCAAACUCUGCCCACCCACUACUUAUGCUCCUUGGUUCACCAAAGCUACUUUUGAGAGAUUUGUGCGCUUUGUCAGCACACCAGCAGUACUUGAGAGAUUUGUCAAUCUAGAAAAGGAAAUAUUUCAUAUUGAGAGUUCAAAUGAAUUGUCAAAUACUAAUGUGACUGCACAGAGGGAGGAAGGUACAAAUCUUUAUAAGCAAGGAAGCCGAUUAGGUUCCAAUUCUAAUAUGAGGAGGUUGAGCAAUUCCUCUAAGGUAAAAGGGGAAGUUGCCAUAAGCGGUGAUGCUGCACCAGAAGGAAAUUCCAAGAUUCAACUUCAACGGCUUCUUGAAACUCGGAAAACAUUGCUUCGCAAAGAGCAAGCUAUGGCUUAUGCCAGAGGCCUUGUCGCUGGAUUUGAAAUUGAUAAUAUAGAUGAUCUUAUUUCCUUUGCCGACGCAUUUGGAGCUUCACGGUUAAGAGAAGCAUGCACUAACUUUAAGGAAUUGUGUAAAAAAAAGCAAGGGGAUGGUCUUUGGAUGGAGGAAUUAGCAGCAAUGGAGGCAUGUCCACCAUCAGAAUUGUCAUUUUUGGGAACAUCAGGAAUAGUACUUAACAAUGAUGGUGAUCUUGUGUCAAAUGGAACCUUAGAUGCAUCAAGAUCUGAUUCAACUACAAGUUAUGCAAGUUCUGACAGCAAAAAGGAUGAUCACUCAGCAAUGCCAGAUCAGAUGCUGUCAAAUAAUACCAAAGUGAAAGUGGCAAUGCCAUGGCCAAACCAGAUGCCUCAUUAUAUGUACAAUUUCCAGAACCCUAUUCAACAACUUCCUCCAUAUCAAGGAUAUCCAUUCCCUAUUCCUCCUCACUAUGCGACAAAUAUGCAGUGGCCUCCAAGUUUGAAAGAAUCUGGUCCAACAAAAAAGGAGAAAUCUCUGAACAAUAAGGGAUUUGAACAUUCGGGAGAAGAUGAAAAAACUGAGUCCGACGACUCUGAGGCAGAUAGUGACUCGGAAUUGUACAUGCGGCAAAACAAGGGGCAUUCUUCUAAGGAUUCACACAGGAAAAAGCAUAGGAAGAAGUCCUCUAAAACAGUUGUUAUCCGAAAUAUUAACUAUAUUACCUCUAAGAGAAGAAAUGGAGAAAAAGCUGGUGCCUCUGAUGAAUCUUCUGAUGAGGAGGAUUUCAUUGAUGAAGAUUCUCUUAGACAGCAGGUAGAUGAUGCAGUUGGAUUAUUGGAGAAAUCGCACAAGUCAAACUUGAGUAAUCAUAAGAAAAGAGGUUCACAUAAAAGCAACGGUAUUAGCAAUGGGUCAAAUGAUGUCACUGCCCAAGAUGAUCCAGUAGAGGGAGGAAAGAAAAGCGAGAACUGGGAUGUUCUCCAGAACCUUCUGAUGAGAGAUGAAGAGUCAAAUGUUAAUGAAGUAGAAAGGUCGCAUCCAAUAGAUGCACAGGAUCAGCAUUAUACUGUUAGAGACUCGGGAGAUGGAACUGCAUUGACAAACAUUGCUGCUCUGGACUUGGAAUCAGAGAAAGUACCAAAGCAACAAAUGGCUAGUGAUUCUUUUGUUGUGACUGAGAGGAAUGGAGGAUUUGAGGAAAGAAAUAGGCUGGAAGAUAUUGAAAAUGCAGAGAAUCUUAGAUCUUCUCUGAAGAGAAGGGAUUACACAGAUGGGGAUUUGGUAAUUCCACAAAGAAUGGAAGAUACUGGAAGCGGGCUCAGGGGUAUCCUAGCAACUGAGUCAUCCAUAAUCAAGCCUGGAAGAGGAGAAGAUUGGUUUGUCAUCAACCACUCAGGGCAACCAGAAAACCAGAAUUCAACCAAUGAGGACCUAAUCUUUAAUGGUGAUAGUUUAAAUGUCGAGAAAAGUAGAAAAGAUGUAGUUGUUGAUGAUUCUUUCAUGGUACAUGCUGGACCAGCAGUUGAUAAUCUGUACGAAUCCCAGUGGAGAACUGACAUAAGCAUGGAUGCAGAUCUAACUUUACCUUCCAAGCCAGAAAAUGGCACUGUAAAAGACAGCUAUGAAGCACUGGGCUCCCAUGAACCAGAUGACCUUUGUGUGGUGCUUGAAAGGGAUUCUGGAUUUGAAUCUGCUAGGGAAUCCUGGACUACAGACCAUGGAAUUGACAUAUUAUUCAUGGAAACUGAUAGAAGGAGCUCAAAUGGUGAAAUUAGUAAUGGUGCCGAUAAGAAGCUUACUCCAAAUUGUGACAGCACUAUUGCCAAGAAAGAGGAAACUAAAGGAAGAAGGGUUCCAGGCAAAGAAGCCAGGCCCAAGGUCUUGCCUGGAUUCCCUCGGAACAACAAGAUUGACGCAGUGUCUAAGAGUAGGAAGCCAUCCCUAGCAAAUAGGCCCUUAGUUCAGAAGAGCAAGCUGGAGAAGGAAGAAGAGAUGCGGAAGAAGAUGGAAGAAUUAUCGAUCCAGCGCCAGAAAAGAAUUGCAGAAAGAACUGCAGCUGGUGGUUUUGCUCCUGCAGCAACCAAGAAAACCCCAUUAGAGAGUAAAGAAGUCAAAGGCUCCACUAAGUUUGACAAGAAUAAAACUCAUUCCAAUACACAACAGACAAACAAGGUAAGUUCCACUAAAAUCAGGGCAGCUUAAGAAAGACUAAAGCUAAAUGGAAUUUUGGAUGCGUAGAUCCUCAGUUCAUGAUGUUUUUCACUUUGUUCUUUUGCCAUUUGAGGCAGAUGGGGAAAGAUUAUGCCUUAUUUAUCCAUUUACAUUAUAUUGAGACUUAAUUCCCUAUGAUUGCUCAUAUAGUGUCACAAAUCUAUAUGACAAGUUCAUAAUGUAUAGUUUUCAGCUCCUCAUUCUUUUGUAUGUAAUAUUGGGGGCAGAUAGAAUAUAUUCAGAAGAGACGUCAGGAAAAUAAAAGAAACCUUCACUUUAGCUUCUGUUUUUGGCUGGAAUGUAACUCUAAACCUUGUAGUAAAAGUUCAUUACUGUUGUAUACAUUUCAUGAUUGUUUGAAUUGA